AUGUCGACGCCAGUAAAGGAGAUACCAGCUCCUACAUAUCCAGAGAGAGAAGAAAGAGGCAGGUCCACUGAUUCCUCCAGGACGUCCGACGAAGGUACCUACGUUCAUGAUGGUUCGCGUUACAACCAUGGAGACCACCUCCGCGUUGAUACUACCUAUGAUGAUGGCGACAUGCGCCCCAGCCGCUCGCCGUCGGCAAGGCGAGAGCAAGCCAAGCGACUUGAAGACGAUCUAGCCGUGCUCGAAGCUGAGCGGGUCGCAUCGCGUUCUACACAUGAGGGUGACAAGGACGCUCGGAGCGAUGCUCACUCAUUGACUCGCUCGCGUUCACGCCGGGCCGAGGAAAUCGAUGAGUUUGACGAGGCUACAAAUCCGUUGCACGAGAAAGCCGCUGUCUACAAUCCACCUGAAAAUCCGUCGACUGGUGUCUCCAAGUUCAUCAAGAGAGUCCAUGAAUCUAGCAUUUUCAUUCGCUAUUUUACUUAUAUCGUGCCCCUCGUUUUACUUUUACUUAUCCCGCUGCUUGUGGGUGCGCUGGCAUAUCCAGAUGCUAGUGUGGGUGGUGUUGAACUACUGUGGUUUUCAGUCUGGUUGGAAAUCGUUUGGUUGACGCUGUGGGCCGGACGAAUCGCUGCCAAAAUCAUUCCUACCCCUGUCAAUCUCAUUGCCAGUAUCUUUACCAACAGCUCAAAGAAAUGGCGCGAUGUUGCAAAGCAGUUGGAACUUCCUGCUACCCUCUUCUUCUGGUGGUUGGGUAUAGAAAUAUCCUUUCUGCCAACCAUGAAGAAUCACCAUGUGGACGGUAGCAGUCGUACUCGCAGUUGGGAGAACACCGUCAACAAAAUCAUUAUUUCGAUAUUUGUCUGGACAAUUCUAAACCUGAUCGAGAAAUUCCUCCUCCAACUCAUUGCUAUGAGCUUUCACAGGCGUACCUACGCUGAUCGGAUUGAGAUUAACAAGUUUCAAAUCGGUAGCCUGACAAAGUUGUACGCAUUCUCUCGAGACAGAAUCUCUGAGACAGAUGAGGCUUUCCAUGAAAAGCAGGAUCAGAGUGGCAGUGGCACGAAAACGCCGCUACACUACGCUGGAAAGGCAAAGGGGCUUGCUCUAGGCGCCUUGAAUAAAGUUGGCGAUGUGGCUGGCGCAGUCGCAGCGGACUUCACUGGCCGGAAGGUGAACAACAGCAGUCAUCCUAGUCAAGUCGUUAUCACACUUCUGAGGACAACUACUGGCUGUCAGGUCUUGGCCCGGCGACUCUACCGGACGUUUGUGCGUGAGGGCUUCGAGACAGUCUUCCCCGGCGAUUUGAAGGAGGCCUUUGACGAUAACGAAGAGGCCGAGGCCGCCUUUAGCAUGUUCGACAAGGACAUGAACGGCGACAUCUCCAUGGAGGAGUUAGAGGCUGUUUGUGUUGAAAUCGGCCGGGAACGCAAGGCCAUUACCGCAUCUUUGAAAGAUCUUGAUUCAGUAGUCUCCAGGCUCGGCAAUGUCUUUGAGUUCUUUGUGGUUGUGAUUGCCCUUAUCGUCUUCUUGACCCUGAUCUCAACCUCUGCCGCUGGUGUACUCACAUCGGCCGGUUCCAGUAUCCUCGCCUUGUCGUGGCUCUUUUCCGCUACCGCUCAGGAAUUCCUGCAGUCUGUCGUCUUUGUUUUCGUCAAGCAUCCAUUUGAUGUUGGUGACCGUGUGACCAUCUAUGGUAAUUCCGGUGAUGCCGGUCUAGGCGAUGACUACUACGUCAAACAGAUUUCACUGCUCUACACCGAGUUCAAGAAGAUGCAAGGCCACGUUGUUCAAGCUCCUAACAGCUACCUCAACACUCUAUUUGUUCUAAACCAGCGACGAUCUGGUGCGCUUGCAGAAGCUGUUCCCAUUAUUAUCAAAUUUGGGACAACUCUUGAACAGAUCGAUGCGCUUCGUCAGCGCCUUCUUGAAUUUGUUCGGAGCGAACGACGUGAAUUUCAGACCAAUAUUCUUACUGAACUGCGUGCAGUGACUGAGAACUUCUCUGUUACACUCAACGUUGUCUUUUUCUACAAGUCCAACUGGCAGAACGAAGGCCUUCGCCUGCAGCGUCGGAACAAGUUCAUCUGCAUGCUCAUGGUCGCUCUGCAAGAGAUUGGCAUUGAAGGACCUCGCAUGAACCUCCAGGGUGCAAGCAUUGAUAUUCCCUUCCAUCUUGCGGGCCACCCACCGCCGUAUCAAGCCAACACUACUGUUGCUCCAUCCAGCGACGACCCACCCCCAACACCCGCCCACGACGAGCAUCACCAUGCGGGUCCCAGUGGCGCCAACCGUCGCGCAUCAAUUCUCCGCAAGGGCAUUCACACAGCCACCGCGCGUGCUCGCGGCGAUUCUCUUUCUUCCCGGAAACACGUGGACUUCUCUCUCGGCAUGCGCGAUGUCUCGGCAGAGGAUGUUAUGGGCGAUGUAUUCGAAGUGCGCAGCCCUCGCGCUGAGAACAUGGUCCGACAGGUAAUUGCCGAGCGCCGCAUCCAGGAGGAAGAGGCCGAGCGCCAGAGCAUGGAAUCUUCUCUUCGACGACACCAAUCUCAGCGCUCCAGCCUUCAUGUCCCCGCAGGCCCGAGCGAAGGCCGCCGCUCAACCGAAUCACAGGGCGGACAUAGUCUGUCCUCCAUCAGUCGCAACAGGUUCUUCCGUCAUCGCUCUGGCAGCACUCGACAGGACGACCUGAUGGAACAGGGCCGUUCUGAGCAGGGCUCGUCCUCGGCAGGAUACAAUCCCCCUGUCUCCUCAUCCUCUCACGCAGAGGAGAAGAAAUUAUGA